CAUGGAGGAGGUCGUGAUUGCUGGAAUGUCCGGGAAGCUGCCCGAGUCGGAGAACCUGGAGGAGUUCUGGGCCAACCUCAUUGGUGGUGUGGACAUGAUCACGGAGGACGACCGGAGAUGGAAGGCCGGGCUCUACGGGCUGCCCCGGAGAAGCGGCAAGCUGAAGGACAUAUCCAAGUUCGACGCGUCCUUCUUCGGGGUGCAUCCCAAGCAGGCGCACACAAUGGACCCCCAGCUCCGGCUGCUGCUGGAGGUGGCCUAUGAGGCGAUUGUUGACGGAGGCAUCAACCCUGCCUGGCUCCGAGGGACACACACCGGCGUCUGGGUGGGAGUGAGUGGCUCAGAGGCCUCUGAGGCCCUGAGCCGAGACCCGGAGACGUUGCUGGGCUAUAGCAUGGUGGGCUGCCAGCGCGCCAUGAUGGCCAACCGACUCUCCUUCUUCUUUGACUUCAAAGGGCCCAGCACCGCCAUCGACACAGCCUGUUCGUCCAGCCUGCUGGCCCUGCAGAGCGCCUACCAGGCCAUCCGCAGCGGCGAGUGUCCUGCUGCCCUGGUGGGCGGCAUCAACCUGAUGCUGAAGCCCAACACCUCGGUGCAGUUCAUGAAGCUGGGCAUGCUGAGCCCUGAGGGCACCUGCAAGUCGUUCGACGCCGAAGGAAAUGGGUACUGCCGGUCGGAGGCCGUGGUGGCCAUGCUGCUGCUGAAGAAGUCCCUGGCUCGACGGGUGUACGCCACCAUCCUGAAUGCUGGCACCAACACAGACGGCUUCAAGGAGCAAGGUGUGACCUUCCCUUCCGGGGAGGUGCAGGAGCAGCUCCUGCGGUCCAUGUACCUGCCGGCCGGGCUGGACCCUAAGGCCCUGGAGUAUAUCGAGGCCCAUGGCACCGGCACCAAGGUGGGCGACCCCCAAGAGCUGAACGGCAUCGAUGAGGCCCUGUGUACCUCCCGCAAGGACCCCCUGUUGAUCGGGUCCACCAAGUCCAACAUGGGGCACCCUGAGCCUGCGUCGGGGCUGGCAGCCUUGGCCAAGGUGCUGCUGUCCUUGGAACACGGGCUCUGGGCCCCCAACCUGCAUUUCCACAACCCCAACCCUGCCAUUCCAGCCCUGCGUGACGGGCGGCUGCAGGUGGUGGACCGGCCCCUGCCUGUCCGCGGUGGCUUGGUGAGCAUCAACUCGUUCGGCUUUGGUGGCUGCAACGUGCACGUCAUCCUGCAGCCCAACACCCAGCGUCCCCCCGAGCCCGCCCCCCACGCCGCCCUGCCCCGCCUGCUGCAGGCCAGCGGGCGCACCCCCGAGGCCGUGCAGAGCCUGCUGGACCAGGGCCGCCGGCACAGCCAGGACUUGGCCUUCCUGAGCAUGCUCAACGACAUCGCAGCUACCGCUCCCACAGCCAUGCCUUUCAGGGGCUACGCGGUGCUGGGCGUGGAAGGCGGCAGCCAGGAGGUACAGCAAGUCUCCACGGGCAGGCGCCCCCUCUGGUUCAUCUGCUCAGGGAUGGGCACGCAGUGGCGUGGAAUGGGGCUGAGCCUCAUGCGCCUGGACAGCUUCCGUGACUCCAUCCUGCGCUCAGACGAGGCCUUGAAGCCUUUGGGAGUGAAGGUGUCGGAGCUGCUGAGCAACCAGGAGAACUCUUUUGAUGAUAUCGUGCACGCCUUCGUGAGCCUCACGGCCAUCCAGAUUGCCCUCAUCGACUUACUGACUUCCGUGGGCCUAAAGCCAGACGGCAUCGUGGGGCACUCUCUGGGGGAGGUGGCCUGCGGCUACGCCGACGGGUGCCUGUCGCAGGAAGAAGCUGUGCUCUGUGCCUACUGGAGAGGCCAGUGCAUCAAGGAGGCCAAGCUGCCGUCCGGCUCCAUGGCAGCUGUGGGCCUGUCCUGGGAGGAGUGUAAGCAGAGGUGCCCCCCCGGUGUCGUACCAGCCUGCCACAACUCCGAGGACACCGUGACCGUCUCUGGACCUCAGGCCUCGGUGAGCAAGUUUGUGGAGCAGCUGAAGCAGGACGGCGUGUUCGCCAAGGAGGUGCGGACAGGGGGCAUUGCCUUCCACUCCUACUACAUGGAGUCCAUCGCCCCCACACUGCUGCAGGCCCUCAAGAAGGUGAUCCGGAGUCCCCGGCCUCGAUCAGUGCGCUGGCUGAGCACCUCCAUUCCGGAGGCUCAGUGGGGGAGCAGCCUUGCGCAGACGUCCUCCGCAGAGUACAACGUGAACAACCUGGUGAGCCCCGUGCUCUUCCAGGAGGCCCUGCGGCACAUCCCUGAGCAUGCCGUGGUGCUGGAGAUCGCGUCCCACGCCCUGCUACAGGCCGUCCUGAAGCGAGGCGUGAAGACCAGCUGCACCAUCAUCCCCCUCAUGAAGAAGGACCACAGAGACAACCUGGAAUUCCUUCUCACCAACCUCGGCAAGCUGCACCUCACUGGCAUCGACGUCAACCCAAACGGCUUGUUCCCACCCAUGGAGCUGCCCGCCCCCCGCGGGACCCCGCUCAUUUCCCCUUCUAUCAAGUGGGACCACAGCCAGACCUGGGAUGUGCCAGCCGCCACCGACUUCCCCAGUGGGAACAGCUCCUCGUCCGCCACCAUCUAUAACAUGGACACCAGCCCUGAGUCUACGGACCACUACCUGGUGGACCACCGCAUCGACGGCCGGGUCCUGUUCCCCGCCACCGGCUACCUGUACCUGGUGUGGAGGACGCUGGCUCGAAGCCUGUCCCUGACCCUGGAGCAGACGCCUGUGGUGUUCGAGAACGUGACUCUGCAUCAGGCCACUAUCUUACCCAAGACAGGAACCGUGUCCCUGGAGGUGCGGCUGCUGGAGGCUUCCCACACCUUCGAGGUGUCUGACAGCGGGAAUCUGAUCGUGAGCGGAAAAGUAUACCUGUGGGAGAAUCCAGACCCCACGCUCUUCGACCACCCCGAAGGCCUGGAACCCGCUGAGCCCGCCUCUGCCCCCCGCCUGACCCAGGCGGACGUCUACAAAACACUGCGCCUGCGCGGCUAUGACUAUGGCCCCCAGUUCCAGGGCAUCCUGGACGCCAGCCUCGAGGGGAGCUCAGGCAAGCUGCUCUGGAAGGAUAACUGGGUGACCUUCCUGGACACCAUGCUGCAGGUGUCCAUCCUGGGCCUGAGCCGGCGCAGCCUGCACCUGCCCACCCGCUUCACUGCCAUCCACAUCGACCCCGCCACCCACUUGCGCAAGCUGUACACGCUUCAGGGCCAGACCCAAGUGGCGGAUGUGGUGGUGAACCACUGUCUGAGCAGCACGGUGGCCGGCGGCGCCCACAUCUCGCGGCUCCACACGUCGGCAGCCCCACGGAGGCAGCAGGAUCAGCUGACACCCACCCUGGAGACGUUCUGCUUCACGCCGCACGUGGAGCCGGGGUGCCUGUGGGAGAGCGGCACCCUGCAGGAGGAGCUGCGCCUCUGCAUGGGGCUGACGAAGGCUCUGCAGAUCAAGGCAGCCCAGCAAGGGUUGAAAAUGGUGGUGCCUGGGCUGGACGGGGCCCAGGCCCUCCGGGAGCCCUCGCCGCAGGGGCUUCCUCGGCUGCUGGCGGCCGCCUGCCAACUGCAGCUCAACGGGAACCUGCAGCUGGGCCUGGCGCAGGCCCUGGGCCAGGAGCGGGCCCUGCUGCCCGAGGACCCCCUGCUCUGCGGCCUGCUCGACUCACGGGCGCUCAAGGCCUGCGUAGACACCGCCAUGGAGAACCUGCCCAGCCUCAAGAUGAAGGUGGUCGAGGUGCUGGCCGGAGAGGGUCGCCUGUAUUCCCGCAUCCCGGCCCUCCUCAACACACAGCCCAUGCUACAACUGGACUACACGGCCACUGACCCCCUCCCCCAGGCCCUGGAGCUGCAGCAGAGGGACGUGGCUCAGAGCCAGUGGGACCCCACCAGCCCCGCCCCCAGCCACCUGGGUGCCGCCGAUCUCCUGCUGUGCAACUGCGCCCUGGGGCUGGGCAGCCCGGCCCUGGCGCUGGGCCACAUGGCCGCUGCCCUAAAGGAGGGCGGCUUUCUGCUGCUGCACACCCUGCUCCGGGGGCACGCCCUCGGGGAGACCCUGGCCUUCCUCUCCUCAGAGCCACAGGAUGGACCCUGCCUACUGAGCCAGGAAGAGUGGGAGGGCCUGUUCUCGAAGACCUCCCUGCGCCUGGUGGGCCUGAAAAAGUCCUUCUACGGCACGGCGCUCUUCCUGUGCCGCCGGCCCGCCCCCCAGGACAGCCCCAUCCUCCUGUCGGUGGAGGACCCCGGCUUCCAGUGGGUGGAGUCUCUGAAGAACAUUUUGGCCGAGUCAUCUCCUCGGCCCGUGUGGCUGACGGCCACGGACUGCCCAACCUCGGGCGUGGUGGGCUUGGUGAACUGUCUCCGCAAAGAGCCAGGCGGGCACCGGAUUCGGUGCGUCCUGCUGUCCAACCUCAGCCCCGCAUCCCGUGUCCCCACACUGGACCCCGGCUCGCCGGAGCUGCAGCAGCUGCUGGCCAGCGACCUGGUGAUGAAUGUGUACCGCGACGGGGUCUGGGGCGCCUUCCGCCACUUCCCCCUGGAGCAGGACAAGCCGGAGGAGCAGACGGCGCACGCCUUCGUGAACGUCCUCACGCGGGGCGACCUGGCCUCCAUCCGCUGGGUGUGCUCUCCCCUGCGGCACGCCGCGCCCGCCGGCACCGGCCCAGAGGGCACGCAGCUCUGCACCGUCUACUACGCCGCACUCAACUUCCGGGACAUCAUGCUGGCCACGGGCAAGCUGUCCCCCGACGCCAUCCCAGGGAAGUGGGCCGCCCGGGACUGCAUGCUGGGCAUGGAGUUCUCCGGCCGGGACGCCCGCGGCCAGCGUGUGAUGGGGCUAGUGCCGGCGGAAGGCCUGGCGACGUCUGUCCUGCUGUCACCAGACUUCCUGUGGGACGUGCCGUCCGGCUGGACGCUGGAGGAGGCGGCGUCGGUGCCGGUGGUCUACGCCACCGCCUACUACGCACUGGUGGUGCGAGGUCGGGUCCGGCGCGGGGAGUCGGUGCUCAUCCACUCCGGCUCGGGCGGCGUGGGCCAGGCCGCCAUCGCCAUCGCCCUCAGCGUGGGCUGCCGCGUCUUCACCACCGUGGGCUCUGCCGAGAAGCGGGCAUACCUCCGGACCCGCUUCCCCCAGCUGGACGAUGCCAGCUUCGCCAACUCGCGGGACACAUCCUUUGAACAGCACGUGCUGCGCCACACGGGAGGCAAGGGUGUGGAUCUGGUCCUCAACUCCCUGGCGGAGGAGAAGCUGCAGGCCAGCGUGAGGUGCCUUGCUCAGCACGGCCGCUUCCUGGAGAUCGGCAAAUUCGACCUUUCCAACAACCACCCACUGGGCAUGGCCAUCUUCCUGAAGAACGUCACCUUCCAUGGCAUCCUGCUGGAUGCGCUGUUCGAGGAGGCCAGCCCCGACUGGCGGGAGGUGUCGGCGCUGCUGCAGGCCGGCAUCCGUGAGGGCGUGGUGCGGCCGCUCAAGCGCACAGUGUUCCCCAAGGCCCAGGUGGAGGACGCCUUCCGUUACAUGGCCCAGGGCAGGCACAUCGGCAAAGUCCUCAUCCAGGUGCGCGAGGAGGAGCAGGAAGCCCUGCUGCCAGGCGUGCAGCCCGUCAUGAUGUCGGCCAUCGCCAAGACCUUCUGCCCACCUCACAAGAGCUACGUCAUCACGGGCGGCCUGGGCGGCUUUGGCCUGGAGCUCGCGCAGUGGCUGGUGCAGCGCGGCGCCCAGCGGCUGGUGCUGACCUCUCGCUCCGGGAUCCGCACGGGCUACCAGGCCAAGCAGGUCUGCGAGUGGCGGCGCCAGGGCGUCCAGGUGCUGGUGUCCACCCAUGACGCCAGCUCGCUCGAGGGUGCCCGGGCGCUCAUCGCCGAGGCCGCACAGCUGGGCCCUGUCGGAGGUGUCUUCAACCUGGCCAUGGUGCUGAGAGAUGCCAUGCUAGAGAACCAGACCCCAGAGCUCUUCCAGGACGUCAACAAGCCCAAGUACAGCGGCACUCUCCACCUGGACAGGGUGACCCGGGAGGCCUGCCCAGAGCUGGACUACUUCGUGGCCUUCUCUUCCGUGAGCUGUGGGCGCGGCAACGCCGGUCAGACCAACUACGGCUUUGCCAACUCCACCAUGGAGCGUAUCUGUGAGCAGCGUCGGCAUGAUGGCUUCCCGGGCCUUGCCGUGCAGUGGGGCGCCAUCGGGGAUGUGGGCAUCGUUCUGGAGGCAAUGGGUACGAACGACACAGUGAUCGGGGGCACGCUGCCGCAGCGCAUGACCUCCUGUAUGGAGGUCCUGGACCUCUUCCUAAACCAGCCCCACGCCGUCCUGAGCAGCUUCGUGCUGGCGGAGAAGGUCGUGUCCCGCGCAGACAGUGCCGGGCAGCGAGACCUGGUGAAGGCCGUGGCACACAUCUUGGGCAUCCGGGACUUGGCGAGCAUCAACCUGAGCAGUUCGCUGGCCGACCUGGGCCUCGACUCGCUCAUGGGCGUCGAGGUGCGCCAGACCCUGGAGCGCGAGUACGACCUGGUGUUGUCCAUGCGGGAGGUGCGGCAGCUCACGCUGCAGGAGCUGAAGGAGCUGUCCUCUCCCUCCCCUGAGCCAGUGGACCUCAAGCCCAAGGAGGAAAGCUCGUCCUGGAACCGGGACCUGCUGAGCACGCUGCUGGUGAACCCCGGGGGCCCCACCCUGACGCGGCUCAACGCCGUGCAGAGCGCCGAGCGGCCCCUCUUCCUGAUCCACGCCAUCGAGGGCUCUACCACUGUGUUCCAUGGCUUGGCUGCCAAGCUCAGCGUGCCCACCUACGGCCUGCAGUGCACCCAAGCCGCACCGCUGGACAGCAUCUACGACCUGGCGGCCUACUACCUCGGCCACAUGAAGCAGGUGCAGCCUGAGGGGCCCUACCGAGUGGCCGGCUACUCCUACGGCGCCUGCGUGGCCUUCGAGAUCUGCUCCCAGCUGCAGGCCCAGCAGGGCUCGGCCCCCACCCACAACAGCCUCUUCCUGUUGGACGGUUCGCCCGCCUAUGUGCUGGCCUAUACCCAGAGCUACCGGGCAAAGAUGACGCUGGGCUGUGAGGCCGAAGCAGAGGCCGAGGCCUUGUGCUUCUUCGUGCAGCAGUUCAUCGACACGGACCACAAGACGUUGCUGGAGGCCCUGCUGCCCCUGAAGGAUCUAGACGCAAGAGUGGCUGCCGCCGUGGACCUCAUCACCAGGAGCCACCAGAACCUGAGCUGCCACGAGCUGAGCUUCGCCGCAAAGUCCUUCUACCACAAGCUGCACGCCCUGGAGCUGUACCAGCCCAAGGCCAAGUACCAGGGCAGCGUGACUCUGCUGCGGGCCAAGACCGGUGGGGCCUGCGGAGAGGACCUGGGCGCCGACUACAACCUCUCCCAGGUGUGCGACGGGAAGGUGUCCGUGCACGUCAUCGAGGGUGACCACCGCACGAUUCUGGAGGGCCAGGGCCUGGAGUCCAUCGUCAGCAUCAUCCACAGCUCCCUGGCCGAGCCACGCGUCAGUGUGCGUGAGGGCUAGGCUCUGCCUGCCUGUGGCCACGCUCCACACCUGCCACCAGAAACUCCAAGCCCGGCCACACCUGUGCGCCGGCCGCGAGGGUCCUGCCGGUGGGACCCGAGGCCCGGCACUGCUGCCUCUCGGCAGCCGCUGGCAGCAGGCCCGGCCCACAUCCCACCCCACCCACCUCCCCACGCAGGCGCCGGGACCCAGCGCUGACUUGGAGACGCCCGGUCUGUGAAGAGUCAGCAGGGCCGGCGGAGCUGAGCUGAGCCUUUGUACCAUGUGGGGCUUGCCACACUGGUUGGUUUUUUUUCUCCACUUGUUUUCCUAUUUAUUGCUGGGAGGCCCUGGGGCCCCUCCCUGCACACCGCAUGUGGUG